AUGGGUGGAAAUCUAGAAGCGAUUUUAGAUAUGGCGUAUAAGGCCAAUGCAACUGAUGACAAUGCCAAACGUCAAAAAUUUGUUGAAUCAUCUGCCUACCACCUGUUUCGAUUAGGACGUCAGCAUUUCGAUUAUCGAUCAAGUCGAUGGGCACAACUUCAACACAAAAUGUCACAUAUGUCUGGUGGAUCAUUACUGAUUGCUGGAAAACGUAUGGGAAAUUGUAUAUCACUGGCAUACAUCUUUGUAAAACUAUUGUAUUUAACUAAUCUAUUCGGCCAGUUGUACAUAAUACGUACAUUUUUAGGUUAUCAUGGAAAUUUAUUUUCUUUCGGUCAACGAUUAAUCGGAACACUGACAUCAAGACAUGAAUGGACUGAAAGUGAAUUCUUUCCACGUCAAACCUAUUGUCCAGUGCAUGUUCGUCAUCUUGGUUCUAAGAAUAAUGUAUUCACUGCAAUCUGUGCACUGCCUGUAAAUAUGUUCAAUGAAAAAAUUUACAUAUUUUUAUGGUUAUGGAUUGCUGUUAUAUUAGAUGCAUAUCAAAAUCAUAGUUUAACCUGUGAUGGUUGUAAUAUUGACAUUGAUGAUCCGCGUAUUGAACACUUCAUCACAGAAUUUGUUAAAAAUGAUGGUUUCUUUUUAUUACGCAUGAUACGAAACAAUGCUGGUGAUGUAGUGACAGCAGAAAUUUUAAAUCAAUGGUGGCAUAUGUUUAUUAAUUAUCAAAACGCCCGAUCGGAACGAGAGAAUCGACUGGAAUUAUUAAGGAGUGGCAAAGAUAUAACUGAGAAACAUUAUGGUUUUUCUGAAUUACAAGAUAAUAAUUCCAUGAUCGCUCCUACCGCACCAAUGGCAAGCAAUCCUAAUAAAUCCAAUGUCAAUUUUGUCUAA